GUGCUGCCGCUCCUUGCCGCCGCCGGCGGGCAGCCGAGGCUGCCCUCGGAGCAGAACGCCGAGCAGAACGCCAUCAGCCUCUCCCCUGGCAAGUACCGCCACGUGGACCGCGCCGCCGGCAGAGAGCUCAUCUGCGACAAGUGUCCCGCGGGGACCUACGUGUCGAAGCACUGCACGAAGAGCACCUUAAGAGAGUGCAGCCCUUGCCCGGACGGCACCUUCACGAGGCACGAGAACGGCAUAGAGAGGUGCCACCCUUGCAGAACGCCCUGCGAGCUGCCAAUGAUAGAGAAAACUCAUUGUACUGCCUUGACCGACCGCGAGUGCACUUGCCUGUCCGGCACCUUCCAGACGAACGAUACCUGCGUCCCUUACACCGUGUGCCCCGUGGGCUGGGGCGUCCGCAAGAAAGGCACCGACACGGAGGACGUUCGGUGCAAGCCGUGCCCUCGAGGGACCUUUUCUGAUGUGCCUUCUAGUGUGAUGAAGUGCAAACCGUACACUGACUGCUUUGGGAAGAACAUGGUGAUCGUCAAGCCGGGGACGAAGGAGAGCGACAACGUCUGCGGCUCUCCAGCGUCUCUGCCGAACGCGUCUUUGACUUCCUCCAGCACCCAAGCGACUGAAGAGCCCGAGGAGGUUCCACCAACCACUCAGCUUCCCAAAGGUCUGAACUCUUCAGAUCCUGACUUCAUCCCUUCUCCAGCACCACGUGCAUCCAGCAGCAUGGUGGAGCCAGCAGGCUACUACAAUGAAACCUUGGCCAACAAGACCGACGGUGCCGGGGGGACCCUUGUGGGCUCUGGUGCCACCAGCCAGGCGCAGAGCUACCGGCACAAGCAGACCAGCCAGGCUCUGGAGAAGCAGCCAUCCCUGGAGAUGGUGGGGGGAGAGAAGUCCAGUGUUCCAUACAGGCCCCCACGGCGAGGUACCCAGAACGUCCACCAGCACUUUGAUAUCAACGAGCACUUGCCAUGGAUGAUCGUCCUCUUUCUGCUGCUGGUCCUGGUGGUUAUCGUCGUCUGCAGCGUCAGGAAGAGUUCACGGACUCUGAAGAAGGGACCCAGGCAAGACCCCAGUGCCAUUGUGGAAAAGGCUAUUAUGAAAAAGUCCACCACCCCCACGCAGAACAGGGAGAAGUGGAUCUAUUACUGCAAUGGGCACGGUGAGCAGGAGCGACGUGGGGCGUGA